UUUUUUUUCUCAUCUCCACUUACUACCCAGCUUUACCACCUAUACGAUGACUACCGCUGUUGCUGAUUUCGGCCUUAUCGGCCUGGCCGUCAUGGGCCAGAACCUGAUUCUCAACAUCAACGACCACGGCUUCAAGGUGUGUGCGUACAACCGUACUGUGGCCAAGGUCGACAACUUCCUGGCCAACGAGGCCAAGGGCACUGAGAUUGUCGGAGCGCACUCCAUCGAGGAGUUUGUGGCCAAGCUGAAGCGGCCCCGCAAGAUCAUGCUGCUGGUCAAGGCCGGUAGCGCCGUCGAUGCCUUCAUCGAGACCCUGCUGCCGCACCUCGAGGAGGGUGACAUCGUCAUUGACGGCGGCAACUCGCACUACCCGGACACCCAGCGCCGGUACGAGUACCUGACCUCGAAGAAGAUCCUGUUUGUGGGCUGCGGUGUGUCGGGCGGCGAGGAGGGCGCGCGCUACGGGCCGUCGCUGAUGCCGGGAGGCAACCCCGAGGCGUGGCCGCACCUGAAGCCGAUCUUCCAGGCUAUCGCUGCCAAGGCGCCCGACGGUGCCCCGUGCUGCGACUGGGUGGGCGAGGGCGGCGCCGGCCACUUUGUCAAGAUGGUUCACAACGGUAUCGAGUACGGAGACAUGCAGCUGAUCACCGAGGUGUACCAGCUUCUGCGCGACGGCCUGGGCCUGUCGGACGACGAGCAGGGCGACAUCUUUGAGAAGUGGAACAAGGGCGUGCUGGACUCGUUCCUGAUCGAGAUUACCACCGAUAUCCUGCGCUUCAAGGACACCGACGGCCAGCCGCUGGUCGAGAAGAUCCGCGAUGCCGCCGGCCAGAAGGGUACUGGCAAGUGGACCGCCAUCUCCGCCCUCGACUACGGCAUGCCCGUGACCCUGAUCGGCGAGGCUGUGUUUGCCCGCUGCCUGUCGGCCAUCAAGGACGAGCGCGUGCGUGCCUCCAAGAUCCUGGCUGGCCCUGCCCAUGGCGCCUUCACCGGCGACAAGGCCCAGCUGAUCAAGGACCUCGAGCAGGCCAUGUAUGCCUCCAAGAUCAUCGCUUCGGCCCAGUACAAGUGGAACCUCAACUACGGCUCCAUUGCCCUCAUGUGGCGCGGCGGCUGCAUCAUCCGCUCGGCCUUCCUCGGCGACAUCAAGCACGCCUUCGACACCAACGCCAACCUCGAGAACCUGCUCUUUGAUCCGUUCUUCCAGGAGGCCACUGCCGCCGCCCAGUCUGGCUGGCGCAACACCAUUGCCUCGGCCGUGGUCAUGGGCAUUCCCGUGCCUGCCCUUGGCACCGCCCUGUCGUUCUACGACGGCUACCGCACUGCCCGCCUGCCCGCCAACCUGCUGCAGGCCCAGCGCGACUACUUUGGCGCCCACACCUACGAGCUCGACGGCCAGCCCGGCAAGUGGAUCCACACCAACUGGACCUGGCCGCGGUCGGCACCUUUCUCUAACUUUAAUUCUCAAACAACACUUCUACCUUAA